UGGCAUUUCCUCCACUUUGAGCCCUGCUGUUAAGCAGCGCCCCCCUUCGUCGGUGAUCACGUGUUGUCAGCUCCAAGUCAGCAAAGUUGUUGGAAAAGUUUUGACAAGACCAAGGAUCUUCGACACAGCUGCAAAGAGACCAGGAUCGGCGAUUCAUAACCGCUCCUAAACUCUGAUUUUGAGUCUGGGGAAACAAUGGAAUCCGUUGCGCAGAAAGUGAUGACUUCGGGAUUCAGUCUUGACUUUGGACCUCUUAAAGAGCCUUUGGCAUUCAUCCGUUUGCUAGAAUGGGUCUUCUCCAUAUUUGCCUUUGCUACAACCGGAGGUUACAGUGGCUCAUCCAGCAUCAAUGUCAAAUGCAACGGAACAGAAAAUAAAGAAAUAACAGCAAACUUUAACUACCCAUUCAGGUUGAUGGAUCAUCCCUACUCUGUCCCUAACUGUAAUGAAACAUCCACUAAUUACUUUCUGACUGGAGACCACUCAUCCUCUGCGCAGUUUUAUGUCUGUAUUGGUGUGUUUGCGUUCCUCUACAGCACCGCCACGCUAAUCAUCUAUUUGUGUUACAACCACUUGUACAGGGAACCUAGUCGGGGCCCGAUCCUGGACCUGGGGUUGACUGCAGUGUUCGCCUUCCUGUGGUUGGUAUCAUCUUCUGCUUGGGGUAAAGGUUUGUCUGAUGUCAAGAGGGCUACCGAUCCUACAUUCUUGCUGACUCUUAUUGACGUUUGCAAAGGUGGCGUACCUGAUACCUGA